CUGUUGCACACACGAGCCGAUCAGUCUAUAGUUUACCACAGAGCGGUUUACAUCGGAGGUUUUUGUGUCAAUUUGGUCACUGUGAUACGCUAAUUAGAUGCUAAUUUGCUUAUUAGGUGUCAAUAGAAAGUGAAGUGUUGUUGAAGAAGCAAACAAACAAAGAAAAAAUCUGAACUUUUUUCGGUGGAAGUGAAUUUAAGAAAACAAACUUUAAAAAUGAUGAACGACGCGGCUGCUUUAGCAGGAAUGCUACCAUACGAUACUAUCGGACUAUAUGAACAGCCGAAGCCUAGAUUUAUAUUUAAGAUGCCUCGUGUUGUGCCCGAUCAGAAAUCAAAAUUUGAAAGCGAUGAAUUGUUUCGGAGGUUAUCACGUGAAAGUGAGGUACGUUACACUGGAUACAGAGAUCGACCCCAAGAUCAACGGCAAGUUCACUUUCAACAUUAUUGUCGCGAAGGACACACUGAAAUUGCAUUCGUAGCAUCCGGAACAAAUCUGCAAUUAGUUUUCAAUGCCAAUCAAGGACCGUACACACAGGAACGUGAAUGUGACUUCGACAAAGAGCACGGAAAGGUUCAUAUCAAAUCGCAUUUCAUCAUGAACGGCGUGUGCGUAAAGUUCCGAGGCUGGUUGGAUCUGGAACGUUUGGAUGGUGUCGGCUGCUUAGAAUACGAUGAAAAGCGGGCAUUCCAUGAGGAUGCUAUUUUACGUGAUCAAAUUGACCGGUACAAUCAACGUUUGCGCGAUUUCGAAGACAAGCAACGGCAGUAUCGUGGCGAUCGACCGGAAGAUAUGGAAGCGGUGCGAAGAGGUGGAAUUGGUGUUGGAGUUGGAGGUGGCAUGUGGCGACGAUAAAUUUGUCGACAAAAGAUAGCUUACUGAUUGAAAAUAGUUUAUGUGGGGGAUGGAUCACUGGAUUCAAUUUUGGAAUUUUUAAAUGCUCUGCUUAACAAAUCGAGCAAGUAGUGGUAAAAAAUAGUUAGACAACUGGAACUGCGCAUUUUAAACUUUCAAUUUUAUGAUUUGAAUUAGUUUAAAAUUCGAAGCGCCAGUUUCAUUGGGGAAUUAUUUCUAUUUUUUACACUGUUUUGAGGUCUUUUGAAAUCUCAAUUUUUGUUUCCCGAGUGACUGGCCUACGUAAAAACAUUGUGCUCCUCCAAUAUUAUUUUUUUAUGUAAAUAUUUUCUCCUUCUCCUUUCCCCUUUUUUGUAGAUGUUUUAGAUGUACAAUGAUGUCCCUAUAAUUUUACGAUGCUUUCAAUUGAAUUCUAUUUUGUUCAAUUGUUUGUAAUGGCUGUUGAUUUAUUUACAUUUUUAAUCUGAUUAUUGUAUCGAAAUUAAUUUUUAAUUAAAUUGUCAAUUUUCGUUUUUAUUAUUGUUAAGUGCAAUUUUCAACGAAAAAUAAAACAAAAAUUAAUUCUGAA